UAUACUUUUCUCUUUGUAUUGUUUGUUUAUGUUAUGCAUACAAUCAUAAUAAAAAAAACGAAUGUUGACAAGUAUAUAACAAAUACAUUAAAUCGCCACUAAUUCAGAAAUUAGCUAGAGAAAAAGAUAAAAAUCCUAGCCAUUAAAUCUCGCUAGCACGAUCAUUUCAGUCCAAUUCUUACUCAGUAAUGAAUCACUGCUGAACUUGUUAAUUUAUCUCGAAAACUAAUGUGAACCAAACCCUGCGAUUACUGAAACGCCGAACUCCACUGUCCCUUAUCCCGCCCUGUACAUCUGACGUGUGUUUACAAAACAAAAGCAAUUCACUGCAAGAAAAAAUAAUGCACGUCGAGAUUUCGUGCCUAAGGUAAAUGUAUUAUAUAAAAGCCCUAGAAGCUUAAAUGGCGUUUGGUUUUCGUAAUUAUAUUUUUAAGUCGGAUUUUAUUGUAACCUGUUUCAGUCAGUCCAAAGUGGCGCAGCUCACCGUUUUUUUGAAGCAGAAUAACUGAAUGUUUAGAUCCGCGUCUCUUUGACACAGUUGAGCUCAGAUCAACAGAUCACUCGAAAGUGUUUUUGUUUUAUUAGCUGUAGAACCUUAUUGUAGAAUAUCAUGAACUGUCGAUCAGAAGUGCUGGAGGUGUCAGUGGAGGGCAGGCAGGUGGACGAGGCCAUGCUGGCCCUCCUGCACACGAUCCUCCUGCACCGCAGCACGGGUAAAUUUCACUACAAGAAAGAGGGCACGUACUCCAUCGGCACCGUGGGAACUCAAGACGUGGACUGCGACUUCAUCGACUUCACAUUCGUGCGAGUGUCUUCUGAUGAGCUGGACAGGGUUAUCAGGAAAGCAGUCGCCGAAUUUAAGGAUGCUCUUGGUAAUUCUGGGAGUGAUGGCAUGGGUCAGAUCUCUUUGGAGUUCUACCAGAAGAAGAAGUCACGCUGGCCCUUUUCAGACGAAUGCAUCCCGUGGGAGGUCUGGAGCAUCAAGGUGAACGUGGUGAACCUGGCCAACGAACAAGAGCGCCAGAUCUGCAGGGAGAAGGUUGGCGAGAAGCUCGGUGAGAAAGUCAUUAACAUCGUGGAGGUCAUUAACCGUCAUGAGUAUCUUCCCAAGAUGCCCACACAGUCGGAGGUGGACAAUGUGUUCGAUACGAGUUUGAAAGACGUCCAGCCGUAUCUGUACAAGAUCACGUACCAGAUCACUGAUUCUCUGGGCACGUCAGUGAGCACUACCAUGAGGAGGCUGAUCAAAGACACACUGGCAUUGUAAAAGACAGUGAAGCAGCUGAAUUCAGGUUUAUGAUGAUCUUGUAAAAAUAGAAAAUGAUUAUAAUGGGAUUUCAAAUAAAUUCACUACACUUUCCUUGUAUAAUAAUGCUGUCCACUAUGUUUGCAUCAGCUAAUUCAAGCAAGUGAAUUAUUCAUAUUUUUCUUGUUGUCAUUGUUUUUUUUUUUUUUUUAAUAAAAUCUAAUUGUGUUCCCUAAAUUAUAUCUUUUUUUUUUUCUUCCAAAUUUGUCUGAAUUUUUGUUACCCUGAUAACUAGGUGCCUUUUCCAUGCAUUCACCUUAAUUCAAAAGCUAAGUAACAAAUGUAAUGUCUAUUCAAUUUAAAAAAUGAGCCUGUUCAAUAAAAAAAAAAACCUUUUUAAUACAUAUUUAUGUGAGAAAACUCCUAUACUGUAUAUAUACUGCAUACUGUUUUUCAUCCCACAGUUAAGAGUUCCUAUUUUACCCAACUUUUAAAAAAAUAAACUAAAUGUAUAAUA